AUGGCAUCUCAAGCAGCAGCAGCGACCAUCCUCGACUCAGUCAUACUAAAGAUUCUACACGCUCACAAUUUCUCGAGGUCAUCGUCACAGGCAUCCAUCGUUCUUGCCAGCCUCGUUUCUUGCUAUCUCGUUCUACUAUCUUCUGUCUGUGGCAAUUAUGCCGAACUUUCAGGACGCUCACGAAUAUCAGUAUGGGAUGUGUUGAGCUCGUUAGAAGAUUUAGGUGUGAACCUGGAAGAAUUAGACGAGUAUUGUGUUUCUGAAGGGAAGGACCUGGGGAGGUAUGCGAGCAGCAGUGCCAGGAGGCUCGACGAUCUCUUAGAAUUCAGAGGUUAUCUACAGGAGGGCCACGAAGACGAUGUGAUACCUUUUAUCGACCCGCAACCUUUGUUAGACGACUUUGACGACUAUGAUGACUUAUUCGAUCGCUCAACUACCCCAGAUUUCCUCCCUCCACUCCCAGAUGACACGUCACGCCCGCGAAGCGUAUCGCCAACGCCAACCCCUCACACUGUGAAGCUCGAAAAGCCACCCUCACUUAUCCCACAGCACAUAACCUCCAACACCGUUUCCGACUACGUGACACAGGUCAACUACUCAGAAUCGGUCCUAGCUACUACCCCAGAGUGGCACCUCCCCUCGCGCCCACCAGCUAGUGCCCUCUCCAGAAAACAGCCACCUCACCUUCCAACCCCCCAAACAGCACAAGCGCUCCUCCAAGCAUAUCAUCAUAUCCUCACGCACCCCGUCCCCCCUCCCGUCCCACCAAAUCCCUUAAAGCAUAAAGUCGCGACGAUGCUCCUGUCCCAAGUACAAAACAAUCCAUGGUGGAACCCUCCAGAUACGCUAUACACCAACAUCGUACCCUGCCCACCUCGCGUCGCAGCCAUCGGCCCUUCCUACCCUGUCCCGCAGUCGACUCUGGACGACAUACGUGCAGGAAGAGACGACAAGGAGUCCAACAACAAA